UCACCAUCAUCAUCAUCACCAUUACCUUCCCAUCAAGCUUUCUCUCUCUCUCUCCCUCUAUCUCUCUCUCUCUCUGUGUCUAUUAUAGGCCAAACCCAUAUCAUUUUUAUUACUCAUAUAUACAUAUAUAUCAUUCUCUCAUCUCCUCAUACAACUUACCCGCUACCCAGAUCAGAUCCUAGACAAACUAAAGAAAAAGAAUACAUAUACAUCUAUAUCCAUAAACAUCGACCCAUGAUGAGGAAACCAGAAGAGAAAUUAGGUGGAGGAAUUUAUAGUAAUGACAAGAUGAACAAACUGAGAAAAGGUUUGUGGUCGCCUGAGGAAGAUGAGAAGCUUGUGAAUUACAUGUUAAGAAAUGGACAAGGUUGCUGGAGUGAUAUUGCCAAGAAUGCAGGUCUGUUGAGAUGUGGGAAGAGUUGUCGUCUUCGUUGGAUUAAUUACUUGAGGCCUGAUCUCAAACGCGGAGCUUUUUCUCGCCAGGAAGAAGAUCUCAUCAUCCAUUUGCAUUCUCUUCUUGGCAACAGGUGGUCACAAAUUGCUGCUCGCCUUCCAGGAAGGACAGAUAACGAAAUAAAGAAUUUUUGGAACUCGACAUUGAAGAAAAGAUUGAAGAAUAACAGCAACAACAGCACUACAUUUUCUUCAUCCCCAAACAACAGUAUUACUACUGAUCAUGAUAAUUCUUCUGAUCAUGCCAGAGACCAACAUCAUCAUCUUCUCAUGGGAGGAUCUGCAGAAUCAGAGAUGAUGUCCAUGCAUAAUACUAACGAUCAUCAUGAUAUGAUGAUGUCAAUGUGUAUGGACUCGUUAUCAUCAUCCUCAUCAUCAUCAUCUGCAUGCAUGCAACACCACAACAUGGUUAAUCUUGCAGCCAGCAGCAACCAAUUUGAUCCUUUUUCAGUGAUCGAAAAUCGGUAUGAUCAUCACAUGAUCACAGGUUCAUCGUGCUAUUUCGAUGUCAAUGCAUGUGUUGAAAUAGGAGAUGGUGGUCAUCAUGAUGAUCAUGCCAUGACAUAUGGGGAUUAUUAUGGGAUUAUGGAGUCAAGUAAGAUGAUGGGAUCAUUAGAAGGAGAGCUUUCUCUUCCUCCAUUAGAGGUAGAGAGCAGAAGCAACAUUAAAGACAAUAAUAAUAAUAAUAAGAAUAAUAAUAAUAAUAAUGAAUAUAUUAUUAUUAAUAAUGCUGCUAAUAACAGCAUUAUUGAUAAUUUGAAAAGUCAUAACAAUAGUAACUUGAACCUUAAUAAUAACAGUCUUUGCUUCAAUAACACUGAUCAUCAAUAUGGGGAUGAUCAUAAUAACAUGUUUGGGAUCAUAGAAAAUCAUCAUUUCCCAGCAGAAAACUUAAGAAUGGGAGAUUGGGAUUUCGAGUCUUUAAUGGAAAACAUUUCCUCUUUUCCUUUCCUUGAUUUCCAAGUUGAAUAGCUUCUGAUAUCUCUCUCUCUCUCUCUUUCUCAGAAGCACUCAAAUCAAGCCAUGUCAAUAGGAAAUUUUGGGCAGAUAUAUAUAAUCUCUUCUUCUUCUUCUUCUUCCUCUUGUUCGAGUUCUAGUAAUUGAAUUUCCUGGAUAUCUUUUUGGGUUUCUUGUCACAUAUAAGCCAUUUUCUUUAAUUUCUACUUCUUUUUAUCAUAAUUUCUUCUUUUAUUCUUUGAUUUUUUUUUCUCUUUUUUCAUGGGUCUCUUUGAU